AUGGUCUUCUGUCUGGACAACGAGCAGCCACGCCUCCCGCUGCGAAGCGCCAUGGUCCACUUCCAGGCCUCAGAAGUCCAGCAGCUGCUACACAACAAGUUCGUGGUCAUCUUGGGGGACUCAAUCCAGCGGUCUGUGUACAAGGACCUAGUGCUCUUGCUCCAGAGGGACUCCCUGCUCACAGCUGCUCAGCUGAAAGCCAAGGGGGAGCUGAGCUUUGAACAGGACCAACUGGUGGCUGGGGGUCAGCUGGGUGAACUGCACAACGGGACACAGUACCGGGAGGUCCGCCAGUUCUGCUCGGGUUCUGGCCACCACCUUGUGCGCUUCUACUUCCUCACCCGCGUUUACUCCGAGUACCUCGAGGGCGUCCUGGAGGAGCUGACAUACGGGCCUGCCCCGGACCUGGUGAUCAUCAACUCCUGCCUCUGGGAUCUCUCCAGGUAUGGCCGCUGCUCAAUGGAGAGCUACCGAGAGAACCUGGAGCGGGUGUUUGUGCGCAUGGACCAGGUGUUGCCAGACUCUUGCCUGCUGGUGUGGAACAUGGCAAUGCCCUUGGGGGAGCGCGUCACUGGGGGUUUCCUUUUGCCAGAGCUCCAGCCCCUGGCAGGGUCUCUGCGGCGGGAUGUGGUUGAAGGGAACUUCUACAGCGCAACACUGGCCGGGGACCACUGCUUUGAUGUCCUGGACCUCCACUUUCAUUUCCGGCAUGCGGUACAGCACCGUCACCGAGACGGUGUCCACUGGGACCAGCAUGCCCACCGCCACCUCUCACACUUGCUUCUGACCCACGUGGCCGACGCCUGGGGUGUGGAGCUGCCCAAGCGUGACUAUCCUUCUGACCCAUGGAUUGAGGACUGGCCAGAGCCGGAUCAUCCGUUCCAGGGGAGCCAUGGGCAGCCCCCAGACUUCGGGGAGCAGCUGGCCUUGCCCCCACCCCAGCCUUCUCCUCUGCCCCCUCCCAUACCUUUCCCCUACCCCAUUCCUCAGCCCUCGCCGCCUCCCCUGUUUCCCCCCCUGCCCCAGGACACCCCCUUUUUCCCAGGCCAGCCCUUCCCAGCCCAUGAAUUCUUCAGUUAUAAUUCAACAGAAGACUUCUCGAUGUCACCCCACUUAGGAUGUGGCCCUGGAGUGAACUUUGUGCCUGGCCCCCUGCCACCUCCAGUCCCUGGCCCUGUCCCCCAUGGUCAGCACCGGGGCCCAGUGGUCCACCGGGGGAUCCCACGCUGUGCUCCCAGCAGCCCCUACCAUGUGCCGAGGAUGGGGGGGCCCUGCAGACAGCGGCUCAGACACUCAGACAGACUGAUCCACACAAACAAACUGGACAGACAGCCUCCUGCCCAUUCGGGGACAUGGCCUGGGUAG